AUGAGUAGAGGCAUGAGACCAAAACAAUCGAAGUUAGUAGUCAGCUUUACGUUUUGGGGUUUUCUGGUGUUGUCAAGUGCAACAGAAGAUCUGCUGGUGAUAUCUCAGUGUAAGAACCAAUGCAAACAUGAUCUCCACAACAUGAAAGAGUGUGAAGAUAGGUGUGACAAAAAGAUGAUGAUGAUGGACCAAGAGGAACUCUUUUUAGAAGAUGGAGAAGGCAUCUAUCAACGCUGCGUGACGGCUUGCCCUCGUACCACAAAAGAGACGAUGGCGGCCACAGAGAAGCAAGAAGUAGGAAGAAGUUAUGGGCCUUUACAGACAAAAUGCAACAGAAAAUGCACUUCUCCUUACACACCCCUUAAAAGAUGCAUAUCCCAAUGCUUAAAGCCCAUGGUUGGGAAGAAGAUCAUGGACAACGAGGUAAUCUGCGAGUCCUCAUGCAGCAUCCUUCAAGAGAAACCGCUCAUUGUAAGAUGCACCAGGGUUUGCCAGGAGAGUACUCCCGGAGCUGUUGGCUUAGUUCUACUUGAGAAAUAG